CACGCCGACUCCCGCGACAGCAUGGUGGCCUACUGGCGACAGGCUGGGCUCAGCUACAUUCGAUACUCCCAGAUCUGCGCAAAAGCAGUGAGAGAUGCUCUGAAGUCAGAGUUCAAAGCCAGCGCCGAGAAGACUUCCGGCAGCAGGGUAAAAAUUGUGAAAGUGAAAAAGAAGUAAUGUACCCUGACUAAAGCUUGUGAUGCUCCAUUUUCGAGGUGAAGAUGUGUGGGCGCACGUUAUG